AUGGAGUCUCCGGUCUCCACCCCAGCUCCUCCUCCGCUUCACCUCCUUGCCUCUAUAGGGAACAGUGACAUUGCAUCUCCGUGUGAGCAGCUUAUGGUGCGCACACGCUCAGUGGCGGUUAAUACUUCUGAUGUGGCCCUGUCCACAGAACCAGAGUGCCUGGGACCCUGUGAACCAGGCACCAGCGUCAACCUGGAGGGCAUUGUGUGGCAAGAAACUGAAGACGGAAUGCUGGUAGUCAAUGUUACUUGGCGGAACAAAACAUAUGUCGGAACACUGUUGGAUUGUACCCGUCAUGACUGGGCUCCUCCAAGGUUUUGUGAAUCUCCCACAAGUGACCUAGAAAUGAGAAAUGGACGUGGCCGUGGUAAAAGAAUGCGACCCAAUAGCAACACCCCAGUCAACGAGAACAGCAACUCGUCUGAUAACAAGGGCAGCAACAACAGCAAGACAAGAGCAAGUUCCAACAGCAAGGGUCGGCGUGGAAGCCAAAACUCCUCUGAGCGCAGAACUCCACCCAACAGCAACACAGAAGACAUAAAAGCCAGUCCAUCCUCAGCCAGUAAGCGCAAAAGCAAGCCUGCAUCAGACAUGGAGCCCAACUCCAGCUCAGAGGAUUCUAAAGGCAACAAACGUAUGCGCACAAAUUCAAAUGGUGGAAUGACCUCCUCUGCACUCCCAAUUCCCAUCAUCAAAACGGAGUCCCUUCCUCCUCCUUUAGACCGUACCUGUCCCUCACCAGUACUGAUUGAUUGCCCACAUCCUAACUGUAACAAGAAGUACAAGCACAUCAAUGGGCUGAAGUAUCAUCAAGCUCGUGCUCAUAAUGAUGACGAUGUUAAGUUGGACAUGGAUGGAGACAGUGAAUAUGGGGAAGAAUCUUCUCUCCACCCUGAGCCAGGAAGUUGCAAUGGAGCUUCGAUUACGCAGAAAGGCUCUCUUUCCCCAGCAAGAUCUGUCACACCUAAAGGAAGAGGAUUUGAUGCUCAAAGUCCAUCUCCUUCUCCUGGAAAGUUUGGCUCCAAGUCAAAGAAAAAGAAUGGUGACACUGAAGCAGACGUUUGCAGCACAUCCAUGGAAGUUUGUGAGGACGGACCUUGUGUCACUGCGGAUGAGGCUAGCAAUGAUGGAAUGGAGGACAGAAAGUCCAAAAAGCCAAACAGCAAUGUGAAGUCUGAGAAGAUGUCCCAGAAGAACAUGAAAUCCUCCAGGAACAUGGCUCCAUCAAUCCCUUCUCAGCAGAUGUACUCUCUACAGCCAACAUCAUUCAGUGGUGGAAGCCCCAACCACCCUCCUGUUAUGGCCAAUAUGCUGCAAGGCAUACCCAAGAGUCCCCAACUGAAAGGCAUACAGUCAAAGUUAGGUGCACCAGGGGACUCAUCGCCAAUUAAUCCAGCUUUGAGCAGCUCCAAGGAUAAAAAGAAAAAGGACAAGAAAAAGAAAGAUUUGGCCAAGGAUGCAGACAGUCCUAAGCUCCCAGGGAAAAGUGGGAAAACUGAAGAGGGGAAAAGUCCAUACUCUGAGUCCUCUGACCCAGGAAACAGGAGUGAGGGUCAUCUCAAUGGCUCCUCAGACCCUCAUCAAAGCCGCCUUGCUAGCAUGAAAGCAGAGGCAGAUAAAAUAUACAGUUUCACAGAUAAUGCUCCCAGUCCAUCUAUUGGGGUAGCCAGUCGUGUGGAUAGCAGUGGACAGCCUCUCACUCCCCUGCAUGUUGUCACCCAGAAUGGGGCUGAUAGCUCCUCUGUGAAAACAAACAGCCCUGCAUACUCUGACAUAUCUGAUGCCGGAGAGGAUGGUGAAGGCAAGGUAGAAGGAGUCAAAGUCAAGACAGAAGAUCAGUCAAGCAGGGACGGUGCCAAGAAAGCACUCUUUCCCUCUCAGGCAUCCUCUAAGGAAUCUUCAUAUUAUCCUGGCUAUGACAACUACUACUCUCCCAGUUACUCUCACCCUAGCCCCGGUGGUGCCACUGCAGGUGGACCUCUACCGGAUGGGCAAGCUGUGAAACUAAAGAAGGAAGAGGAGCAAGAAUUGGUGGAGGAGAAGGUGAAAGUGGACAUGCAGGAUGAGCGCAAAGCUGAGGUUGCCUCAAGUCAGCCGCACCAACAGCAGCAAGCCUCUGUCAUUCAGCAACGAUCCAAUAUGUACAUGCAGCCACUUUACUACAACCAGUACUACGUUCCCCAAUAUGGAUACCCUGACCAGGUUUAUCAUAACCACCUCAUGAACACUAAUCCAACCUACAGGCAGCAGUAUGAGGAAAGGCAGAGACUUAUGGCUGAGCAGCAUAGGUCUGCUGAAAAGAAGCCAGAUUCAGGUUUAAAGGACAGGGAAUCCUCUCUAAAGGAGGACUGGAAACAGAAGGGGCCUGUUCCUCCAGGCCUAACAAAAGCCCCCAGCCUUUCAGACCUAGGAAAGCCACAGGCCCCUGGCAAACAGAGAGACACUUCCUCUGAAGCUGCCAAGUCAGUCAUCAUCCCUAAAGGGGAGGAGACCAAGCUGCAGCCACAGCAGGCCGAGGGGCUUAAAAUGAAGCUCAGUGAAGCUGGCCAUCAUGGAAAGGAUGACUCAAAGGCAAGUGUGGAGUCUGCCAGGCUGGGUAUGGAGCAAGCCAUGUGGUAUAGACAGUACCCUGACAGUCAGAGACCACCAGAUGACGACCGAGAUCGGGAACGGGAGCGGGACAGAAAAGGCAAAGAGGAGAGGUCUAGGCAGAAAGACAGUAGCUCCAAAGAAGAUAAUAAAGAUGUAGUUGAUGUUUCGUGUCCUCCGAGCAUUGAGGACCAGCGAAGUGGAGGGAAAGAUCCCCGGCCCAAUCCCCACAUACCUUUCGGCUCCCCUUUGGCACAGCACCAACCCUACCUGCAUUACAUGCAUGGAUAUCCUUUUGGGCAAAGCUAUGAUCCCAACCAUCCUGGAUACAGAGGCAUGUCCUCCAUGAUGAACUAUCCGGGGUCCUAUCUGCCAGCGGGAUACCCUUUUUCGCCUUAUGGCAGUAAAAUGAUCAGUGGAGAAGAGGGAGAGAAAUCUCGCUCAAGCCCCACAGUCAGCAGCAAGUCGGCUUCAGAGUCCAAAGCACUGGACAUAUUACACCAACACGCCAAUCAGUACAAGAGCAAAUCGCCCACCGUUGCUGACAAGCCCUCCCAUGAAAGGGAGCGAGGACUAGGUGACCGAGAGCGGGAAAGAGAAAGAGAUCGAGAGAGGGAGCGAGAAAUCGAUAGACCUCGAUCAUCUCCCUCCCAACGCAUAAUGGCACCCCACCACCACCUAGGCUAUCCCCUUGUAGCCGGGCAGUACGAUCUGUCUUAUGCCACAGGCCUUUCAUCGUCAGCGAUUGUUGCCAGUCAGCAAGCCUCAGCCCCUUCCCUGUACCCACCAGCACGGAGGUGAGAAUGUGCCGGAAUGUGUGGCAGAUUGAUGUUUUCCUAGUAUCUGUACCUCGUACCCCACUAUAGACUGUGAGACCAGGUUCAAAGCCAUCCCGCCCUGCUCAAAGCCCAGCUGGCCACUGAACUAAGCCUGUGAACCGGUGCGAAAUGAUCGAAAAAGCAAAGGACUUGUCAUUCCGCUCACCCGACACAGGAUGGAGGCCAGACAAGAGGCAAGGACUCGAGGGGACACAUAAGAACACAAAGACUGAAAAUAGUUUUAUCACACUGAGAUAACUAAAGUUGUUUCCCUUUUUUUAUUUUAGUCGGCAUCCUCACUUGAAAACCAAUCAAACGACAACAGCAACAAAAAGAUUUUUGAAUUGUACUCCACAAGUGAAAGCUGCGGAUAAUAAUCUAGCAUUGUCUCAUAUCUCCGUCUUUCUGCCAGUGGUUCCUAAACGGUUCUCACUGCCACAUGCCUCAAGACUGCUAUUUUUUCCUUUUAUAUGACUCCUUUCUCUAGCAUCAUUGGUUCCGUGUAGCAAAAAACGAUCAAUCGUACAUUCGAUAAGUUAUAGCACUCAGCUUAAGAUGCAUACUAAGUUUUCCUAACGCUAAGCCACACCAUCAAACUAGCAUAUCGAAGAAAUCAUCCUGUAUCAGUUUAAAAAAUUUCACGACUGCUUUCAGCGAGACAUUUCAUAUUGCGAAAUCUAAUUUUAGCAAGCACUGUGUUGCCAGUUUUUCUCCAAAACAUCACUGGCGGAGGUCCGUUUACUCCAGGGAACCUUUCUCCGAUUUUACUUGGUUAUCCUUCAACUCGAAUCCAAACAUCCUCCUGACCUCAUCACUAACAGAAUUUCCCAUUUAUUACUAUGGUUCUUGAAAAAAAAAA